UCUUCAGUCAGUAUGUCUAGAAGAAAGUUCAGAUGGAUUUCUCAGUUCCUCCAUGCUUGGAAGGAGCGCACCAAAAGCGGAUCAAAUCUGUGGGACAUGGCACAAGGAAAUAAUUAUGGGCAAAGCAGCAAUGGGGUGGCUGAUGAAUCCCCAAACAUGCUGGUGUACAGAAAGAUGGAAGACGUCAUAGCUCGCAUGCAAGAUGAGAAAAAUGGGAUUCCUAUUCGUACAGUCAAAAGUUUUCUUUCCAAGAUCCCCAGUGUCUUUUCUGGUUCAGACAUUGUUCAGUGGUUGACAAAGAACUUAUCUAUAGAAGAUCCAGUGGAAGCUCUACAUUUGGGAACGCUGAUGGCAGCACAUGGUUAUUUUUUUCCAAUCUCAGACCAUGUUCUAACACUAAAGGAUGAUGGCACAUUUUAUCGAUUCCAGACGCCCUAUUUUUGGCCUUCAAAUUGUUGGGAGCCGGAAAACACAGACUAUGCGGUUUACCUCUGCAAGCGGACAAUGCAAAAUAAAGCAAGGCUAGAGCUAGCAGACUAUGAAGCUGAGAGCUUGGCCAGGCUACAGCGAGCAUUUGCUCGGAAGUGGGAGUUUAUUUUUAUGCAAGCUGAAGCACAAGCAAAAGUUGACAAGAAGAGAGACAAGAUAGAAAGGAAAAUUCUUGACAGCCAGGAGCGAGCGUUUUGGGAUGUGCACCGGCCAGUGCCUGGAUGUGUAAACACUACUGAAGUGGAUAUAAAAAAGUCUUCAAGAAUGAGAAAUCCACAUAAAACAAGAAAGUCUGUCUAUGGCUUACAAAAUGACAUCCGAAGUCACAGCCCUACUCACACACCAGUACCAGAGUCUAAGCCUCCCACAGAAGAUGAACUACACCAAGAGAUUAAACACUGGCAAAUGCAAUUAGACAGACAUCGAUUAAAAAUGUCAAAAGUUGCAGAGAGUCUAUUAGCUUAUACAGAGCAGUAUUUGGAAUAUGAUCCUUUUCUUGUGCCCCCUGAUCCCUCAAACCCUUGGAUAUCUGAUGACACCACUUUCUGGGAGCUGGAGGCAAGUAAAGAGCCAGGACAGCAGAGGGUGAAACGAUGGGGAUUUGGCAUGGAUGAAGCUUUGAAAGACCCUGUGGGAAGAGAGCAAUUUCUCAAGUUUCUGGAGUCUGAAUUCAGUUCAGAAAAUUUAAGGUUCUGGUUAGCAGUAGAAGACCUGAAGAAGAGGCCUAUCCGUGAAGUUCCUGCUCGUGUCCAAGAAAUCUGGCAAGAAUUUCUUGCUCCAGGUGCACCCAGUGCCAUCAAUCUAGAUUCAAAAAGUUAUGACAAAACCACGCAGAAUGUAAAAGACCCUGGAAGAUACACAUUUGAAGAUGCUCAGGAGCACAUUUACAAACUGAUGAAAAGUGAUUCUUACCCUCGUUUUAUACGAUCCAGUGCCUACCAGGAGCUGCUACAGGCCAAGAAAAAGUUGGAAAACACACUGGAUCGUCGAACAUCUUUUGAGAAAUUCACACGCAAUGUGGGCAGAAACAUCCCUAUUUUCCCAUGCCAUAAAAACUGUACACCAACACUGAGGGCGAGCACUAACCUGUUAUGAAAAGAGGUAGAAAGAUCUUGGAUUCUACUCAAGUUUGUCUGCAUUGUCUGUUGAAUUGUGCAGUUGAUGCUGCUGUGUGUGUGUGUGCAUCUGUGGCUUUUUCUGUGACCUGAUUAGUGGAGCUGUGUGCAUUGAAAUGACAAAUCUGAGAGCUUUCAGCAAAGAUCAUGGUUUUUGUUUUUAGUUACUAGGGAAGGAGAAGCAGUUCUCAGAAACUGCCUCCCAUAUAACGAGGCUUAAGAGUGUUUCCUCGAGUAUUUAAAUUGCAUAUACGUUCCAGUAAUCAGAACAAGAAACAAACACAGUGAAAGUGCAAAGUUCUGUGAGGUUUCAGGAAUAUCUCACAUGUUGAAACAAAACUGUAAUCCUUUGACUACUUUCUUAUAGGUAAAGGCUUCCUGUAAUAUGCUUUGAAUCCACUGCAAUCAGGAUCAAAUUUGAAUUCAAUGGGACAAAGUCAGUAAGACUAAAAAGUAAAUAAACAGCCACAAAGGAAACUAUCUCAAUGUUUGAAACAAAAACCCCUAUUUUUUGCAUGGUGGUGUUGCCAUAGCAUGUUGCAGUGUGAUUUGUGUGUUGUCUGAACAGGUUGAUCUAUACAACGUUAUAUGUGACAACAUUAUACAUAACAAUUCUACUUUCUUCCAUGGAGAUGUUUAACAGGAAGUUCCACAGUAAUAAACGGGCCUGGGUUAAUGAGAGAGAGCGCAGACAGUACAUCUGGGACUCCUGAGAGGCAAGAUUUUGCUCAUCACAGUGCCUGACAAACUACAGUAUAUAGGCUGGGUGUUUAAGCAGCCAGCUGAUCAGGAACUGGUUAUGAUAAAAAGUAUGUAGACAAGUGGCUGUAAGGAGAGAAAUAGCAAGUUCCAAGCAGGUGCAAGGAAAACAAUACAAAAAAGUGUAAAAGUGAACACAGACUGGGAGGCAUUAAAGUUAUUCUCUGAUAAAGCAUCAGCCCUGUACACCAGCACUGGUGCAGCAUAGUGCCCUGCUGGCAUGCCCAACAUUCAGCGGCUAAUUUCAGGCAGAUGAGAUGAGAUCAGCAGGAUGCUGGAGAUGUAAGGCAGGCCCAAUAACAAAGCUGUGAGCUAGAACAAGGGGAGUGAGGAUUUCUGAAUAUGAAGCAUUAGUACUUCAUUAGAAGAGGGUGAUUCUUUUCUCAUGGUGUAAGCUAUAAUGUAAAUACUGUGCAUUUGCUUUUUCUCAAAGUACUGCCCUAUGAAUUUGGGUGGAAUCUGUCAGGUUAGGUCAGCUGCAAAAGUAAAAAAUAUCACUUCUAAGCAUACAUUCCUGAUGAGACGAGCAGCUCGGAAGCUCGCAAACUUCUCCAGAAUAUCAGGGUUCUCAGGUACAAACAUUUUUCUGUGAGAGAUCUGAGUUUUUAAUCCCCCACAGACGCAGGACCCCUUGCCACCAGGGAUCCUUAUUCUUCCAUUCUUGUUCUCAGUUAUGAUGAGUUUAUAAUGUGUAAUUAUGUGAUUCGGUACACUGGUUCUAACAUGCAGGGAUGAGGCAAGUGUUUCUCAGAAUAUCCUACUGAUUAACUUGUUCUACUCUGAAGGGACAGACUGUGGUAAAAGACCUGCUCUUCUGAUUAAUACAGAAAACAGAUGUGAAACAGGUCUUCUGCAGCUUAGCCAAAUGUCUCUGAAUGAUUUAUGAAGAAGAAAAUAGUAUUUUCACUUAUCUUCUGACAAUUUAGAAAAUUUAGACUCAUUUCCACCAUUAUUUUUCUCAAUUACACCCAAGUGGCUUUGCAUUGAACUAAAUUAGACCUCAGUAUUUUAUUUGAAAUGUUAAAAAAAGCCAACCAGUUGUAUAUAGGGACUGAACAUGAGAGGAUGACCUUGUGAUUCAUAACCUGAUUUGUUAAGCUGAGACUAUAAGAGAUUUCUGAACCUUUUGUGAGCAGUAAUUGGAAGUGGGUUAUACUUGCAACAGAAAACAUUUGCUAAGCUAGAAAGUUUUAAAACUUUCUACAUGCUAUCUCUCGGUAUUAAUCAGAAAAUUAAAUUGAAGUCACCUAAGAUAAUCACUCAUUAUUUUAGUUUGGCGGGAAAAAACAGAAGUGAAUCUAUCCACACAUAAAAACUAGGCUUAGCUUUGCAUUUCUUUGAGACAAGAGUUUUCUUUUCAGAAAGCUUUCAGUAAUUCAGUGCACUUUAUGAACGGCCUAUAUGCACAACUAAAAGCACUAGUUAUUUAGCUUGCUCUGUAAAUUAUACAGCACAGUUGCUAAUGCUUUUGGCAGUCUGCAACAGUGUGAAUAGUGUCAGAAACAUGUUUAUAUAAGAUACAAUAUAGGUAAAGUAAUAGCAAACUCGUAUUUGCUGUGUGUAAUAUUUUGUCCUAAAUAAAAAGUUAGGAAACUUCCUCUACCUCAAGUAAUAACAUCUACACAGCAUAGGAAAAAAACAAAACAAAACAAAACCCACAAGUGAAGGAAGGUGCACUGAUAACACUGAUGGGAGAAAAGAGGUCCUUUAAGGAAGACUUUAAUUUCUCCUUUCCAUCAGGAACUGUGACAGUAGCAGACUGGUAGUCUCUGAGCAACACACCUUUGUGAACACCUGCCUCUGUUUAGCUGUGCUCAGUGGUCUGGAAACCCAGAACAAAGCAUUUCAUUUACAGCACAGUAGGCUCAUUUCUUUUCCACUACAUGCAAAUUUUCCUGUCUUGGCAGGAGACCAGUUAACAGGGCAGUAAGGUGCACUCUUUUCCUCAGAAUCCCCCUGGGGAGAUGCUCCAUCACUGCAUGUGGGUGUGACAGCUUCAGAUGCCACCGCCAGUGUCAGAGUUUUAUCUGUUGCUGCUUAACUGUCGAGGUGAAAAAAUGGGCUUUUUGCAAGUUUGUGGUGUUUUAUGAAAACAGUCAGUACAAAACUGAGCUAACUCAGUCCACUUAUUAAACCAGAGUCAUCAAAUGAUAACAGUCUUCACUCAUAGCCUCAUAAGCAAGAACCCCAUUUAAUGACACUGGGUUUAAAACUGCUGUCUUACAUUACCCAUGCUCUUUCCACUUAGAGCUAUCUGCUUCCACUUAGCUUAGAACUUCUUACCAGUUUCCUCUAAGGAUUUUCCUCUCCAAACCAGUAAAAUUAGACUGUUUAAUGCAUGAGAUAAGAAAUAUGAAGGCCAUGCAACACAGCACAUUUUCACAAUCCACUGUCCAGUGUAACUUAAUAUGAAAAAUUGCGAAUUAUGGUCUAGAGGUGGAAAUUAAAACUCUUUAAAAUAGCUUCCUCUUUUCAGUCGGGUAUAGACUUUAUAGAAGUUUAAACUGAUGUUGCCAUAUUAAGAACUGUGCCUUUACUGAGAAAUGCAGAUAUUAAUUUCCCAUUAGCCAAUAAUUUUUUUUCUCCAAAGCUUUGAAAAAUACAAAAAAAAAAAACAAAAAACCACAAACAACUCAAAACCCAAACCCUAAAAACAAUAAACUUUCAUAGAAAUGAACCCUCUUUUUUAGGAAAGAGAUGGCUCAAUGAAAAAAAAUAUAUAUAUAUAUAAUAAUAAUUGAAAUUUUGAGUUUGGACUAAUAAUUAGUCGAAAAAUCCAAUGUUAGGUUGUUUUUGAGGAAUGACUGUCUAGCUUAGUGAGAAAAAUCAAAAGUAGAAUCCCUAGGAGAUGCCAGUGAAGGUUGGCCUCCUUGCCCAGUUCUACAAUGAUGAGCUGAGCUGCCUUGCUUUGUGCUGGGGCGGAGGGGCUGCUGUGUGGUACUGGCACAGCUGGGUCUGUCUCCAUUAGGAAACAGAGUGCUCCCAUUCAGAUAUUAGGCCAGUGACUGCCAUUUCCCAGCUGACAAAUAUUUGCCUGUGUCCUAAGCUACUGGAAGACUGAGAAGUACAAAGUGAUAAUGAAAUGAACUGUUUGUCGAAUGCAUUGGCUCCUUAGAAAAUCUUAGAUUCUACCCCAUCCUUCCGAUGGUUUUUCAAGUUAAAACUAUCCCAUCUGGAAAGAGCCUGCAGGUUAAGCAGGAAUUAGAGCAGCUCAUCAGAAUAUGCAGAUUACUGGGGAAGGAGAAGGAGGAAUUAUCACCCAGUUUGGAACAAGCCAAACCAAGACUAUGCAAUUGCUCAGACACUCCUUUUUGUCUAUGAACUGCUCCAGGAAAGGAACAGCUGCAGUGUAAAAUUAGAAGAGGACUGCAAAUCCCCACUAUAGGCAAGUGGAUUUUCCUGCACAUGCAACCACUGAAGGUAGUAGUGAGAACUUGUCCCCUAAACUCAGUAAAAUUCCACUUCACCACCUUCCUGAAAAAGAAAUACACUGGCACAACUGGAUGAAAAUCAAAGCAAAAUCCUGACCCCCUGGGCAAUGCUAAAUCCAUUUGCCUGCCUUAGAGGAGCAAGGGCUGGCUAAAUCCUGACCAGAGACUUACUGUUUCUGUUCCUGUGCCUCUCCAAAUGCGCUCCUGCCAAGGGCUGUUUAUCUCAGCACUGCGAGUGGCACCAGGGAUAUCACCUGGGAACUUUGCCUGCUGAUGCUGGCCAAGCUGCUGGCAUUCAUCAUGUUUGCCACACACGAGCAGAUCAGGAAUAGUGAGAGCAAGGAGGCCCAGUCCUCAUUUUGUCUCAUUUUGCUCCCAGUAGGGUGCAUGGCAUUCUCCCUAUUGGAUAUGUGGUGUUCCCCUUUCCAUUUCUAUGAACUGGAAAUAUAAGUCCUAAUGACAAUAAAGAAACUUGAAAAAGGAGUGACUGAGGUUGCUUAGCAGAAAGGAUAAGAAUUUGAAAACUAAUCUUUUAACCUUCAUAUUUUUCAACUCUGAUCCCUAUAUAAAUUUCACAUUGGUCUCUUAUAAGUCACAUAUGAAUUGAAGUUGUUGCUGACUUACUUGCCAGAUUAAGUUGUUGGUGUCCAGCUACAUAAAUAGGUCAGUCAGCAUACUUGUGUUCAUAAAUCUGCACAUGGUCAUAAAUCUGCACAUACUUUUGUAAUUUUCUCCUCAAGCUCUCUAAAAGUACAAUUGGAAGGACAACUCUGCAUUUAAAAAGUUAAUACAUUAAUGUAGGUGAGAGAACGCUGAGGUCAGUUAUUUGGUUUUCAUCAAUGUAAUUGACUCCAGUUGUUCUGCUGCCUGCUUGUACUCUGACUCCCUUGUUGAGAUACAGAAUCACAGAAUAAUAGAAUCCUUAGAGUUGGAAGGGGUCUUCAAAGGUCAUUUGCAUAUAUGCAUAAAGCUUCAUUUGGCUGGUGUGUUAUAAUAAAAUUGUUAAAUUGUUUCAAUUCAUAUGUCCAAAUUGUACCUAAAAGACCAAAAUCCUUUUCUCAUUUAGAAUUUGGCCCUAUACUCCUACAUGUUGAUGGCAAGAAUACAACAAAAAUAUUAAAGAUCUUCUUUUCAUUCUUCAGAUGAAAAUCUAGUACUUCUGAAUUUGUUUUCAAACGUUCUAUAAUCUUACUAGCACAUCAAACAAUUUCCUAUGUGUGAUUAGUUGUAUUCCACACCUUUUAGAACUUGCCCAUUUGUUGUAGGUGACCAAAUUGAAAAAUUGGCUUAAGGAACAGUAAUUAGCAUUGCACCUGAAAGAAAUAGAUUCAACCCUGGGGAAGGAAAGUGGUGAAUAAGACAUCCAGAGAAAUCCUUAACUUAGGAGAAAAACUACCCAAAGUCUUUCAGCUUACUGUGGUGAGCAGUAUCUGGGGAAGAAGUGAUGCCAAAUAACAACAAAAUUUUCAUGACAUCUUAAUGCAUCUAUAGGGAAAAAUUCAAUUAAUACAUAGAAUAAGAUUAUCAAGUCAGAUCAACUAAUUAAUGAAUAGUUUUUUUGCCUGCACUUAGAUCAAAAAUUCCUACUUUAUAUAAUAUCACAGUUCAUUCCACAGAUGCCAGAAUGGUUCAUCUCAAAUUCCAUGGAAUUACAACUCCUAAAGAAUCAGCUGCUGCAAAUAAGAAGACAAAAUUAAUUCAUAGAUUCACAGACAAAAAUCUUCAUAAGAUGGAAAGAUCAGCAUAUGCUGAAUAUUUUCUUAGCUUAUGUACAAGGCUGACAACCCUGCACUACCUCUAAAAUCACAUAACAAAUUUGGGCUACCGUCUUAAAUUGUAGUAGUCCAAUGCCACAUAGCUGUGGAGACAUUUUGCUUAUCUAAAAAGUGUUUAGCUUAGUGGUUUAAACAGCUUAAUUAUUACAUUAUGGGAGAACAUAAUCUAAUGCAAAAAAAUUGAAAUUAAUGUAGGUAGAAAUUCAUAGAGUUAAAGCUAGAUAAAGGGAGGAAACCAUGCCUAGAAGGAGACAUGCUGUCUUUUUUUUUAGAAGCAAGUGCUAUUAUUGUCAGGCAAUAUGGUGAACUUCAGAGAUGAGGAAUCUAAUCCAACAUUACAGAUCGUUAUUUCCCUUCAAUAUUAUACUGUAGGGGGAAAAUUCACCCUCAUCUGUAUGACAUUUAUUUCAGAGCACAAAGAGUAAAAUGGCUAUUCUUUUUGUCAAGAUCUAUUCUGGUAUAUUGCAUUUAAGCAAAUGUUCAAAACCAAUUUGCAUAUCUCUUUGAGCAUAAAAUUAAUUGGUAAGGAAAACAGAUAUUAAAUUGUGUAAUUCCACGGCACAACAGAUUACUUUACAGCUCAUUGAUAAAGCAGAAUAAGUUUAUUUACCAUUUACUGCAGGUCACCUCUCUUCACAGUUACAGUAAUUCUUAGUGUAGUUUCCUUGAAGUCAGUUUGAUUUUAAAAUGAACAAUAGAUGUUAAUAUUAAAUAUCCUUUAAAUGACAAGUUAGAUAGAGCCCUUUACUAUUUUAUAUUUUAUGACCUAUAUUAUCAGGAUAUCCCUGUGGUGUAUUGAGAAGUGCUGUAAGCUUGCUGUGCCAGCUCUGCCUCUGCUGAAUUGGUGCCACAGCAGGAUGGCCUGAGGAGAGCUAACUGAUAUUUUGUGUGGUUUUGUGGCUUUUGUCUGGCUCAGCUAAAGCUCAGAUCUGCCUGAAAUAUGCCAUCACAACAUACCUACACUAUCCUUUCUGCACUGUACAGCUAACUCUUGUGGGACAGAACUUCCUGAAAAACUGAAACAACAUCUCUGCAACAGGAGGACUGAUGAGGAAAAAGACAAUGUGAAAAUCCAAACACCUUCUAAGCAAUUUUAGGCAGUCCCAUGUAACAUACCUGACCAAUACUCCUUAUAAAUAGUAAAUGAAGUAUCAGCAAGCCUAUUGCAAAGUUCAUGGAAAAGCUGCUUUCCUGCCUGUAUGCAAUCUGCCUCUUACUUUUUUACUUCAACUGUAAAGUAGCUUUCUGCAAUCUGUGAUGGAGCUACUACAGUGUGCACAUCAUCGCUGUAGCAUGAGGCACCCUCGCUUCUGGUGGCCACCUUCAAGUAGUUCUGGGAGUGACCAACAGCAAAGCCGUCACAGCAGUAGUUUCUUAACAGCCAAACCCAAUUUCAUUCAAAACUGGCCUUUGAAUUUGCUGUAAACACUCUGAAACAGAAUGGCUGGCUGGCAGUGCAGGCGUGCAAGUGUAAGGGCUUCCUGUGGUUUAGGAUUUGACAGACUCCAGUUGGUGCCCUUAGAUAUUUGACAGUGAUGUGGCAACACUGAGUGGUUGCUGAUGAACAGGUUUGCAGUGAUCAUGCCUCUGUUUUCUGUUUUUGUUUUUUGUUUUUAUCUUUUCCUCAGGGGAAAUCGCUCACAUCAAAGAGGUUAACCAGUCUAGUGCAGUCCUACUAAAAGGAUCACCUUGUAGCAUGGAAGCAGACUCAAAUCAUUAUACAUACUUUGUAGCUCACUGAUUGCCUGAAUCAGAGGACAGUAGAACAAGAUGUUGCAUGAGCAAGGACCUGACUUGUUUUCUUUUGUGUAUACUAAGGCAUUACAGACUCCGAGGGACUCUCUAGCCUUUCGAUGCCUCCAUUUCGAAAACUGUCUGCUCACUUCCUCCUUCAUAUCAAGCUGGAUCUGUGUCUUUUUAUUUUCUGCAAGCUCAA